CUACCUCAAUCACUUUAUGUUCUCGAUAUGUCCAUCUGAUGCUACGGCCCGCCCGAUUGAUGUGGUAGACAUUAUAAAUGCAUUAGGUCUAGCUAGAGGAAUCUACAAGUCUUUUCCGCAGACGACAAUGUUUGUCUUUCAGUCUCUUGCCUUAGUGUGUUCACUCCUGGGAGCCUCGACUGUUGUGACCGCGCAAACCGGACUCGCUGCGAAGAAGUUCCUCAAUCUACCGUUAGGCGCUGUUAAGCCGACAGGAUGGCUUCACAAUCAGCUUAACGUGCAAAUGACUGGUCUCUGGGGACACGAACAUGAGUUUUACCAUUAUGUUUCGCAGACCGAUUGGUUAGGUGGAGACUCGUACUAUUCUAACUUGGAAGAAGCUGGAAGCUACUGGUUUAACGCGAUGGUUCCUGCCGCCGUGCUCAUCGACUCUGCUGAGGUCCAGAAUCAAACACAGUACUUCUUGGACUUUGUUCUUGAUAAUCAGGACGACUCCGGGUGGCUUGGACCAGAAGUUUUCGAUUCGAGCAAGCCAAGGUUCCUUUGGGGUCGCUAUCCUUACCUCUUCGGCGCUAUGCAAAUGGUGGAGAAUAACGCGACGCUUGCAGACAGAGUCGUUCCAGCAUUGUACAAGUUCGUCACUCUCGCGAAUACGAUGCUCAAGAAUGGGCAGGGUCUAGAGGACUGGACUAAGACGCGAUGGGAAGACUUCGUCAUGGCUCUUCAAUGGUUGUAUGACUUUUAUCCGAGCGGGAAUGAAGACAUGUUGAUUGAAACGAUGCAACUGUUGAAGGCGAAUGGUGACCCAUGGGAAGACGUGUUUAAGCAGGAGUUCUUCCCACAAACGGCCGUCGAACACCUACAAAAUCCUUUCCCCGUCCUCACAUGGCACGGCGUCAACAUGGCAGAAGGCUUGAAAGCUCUUCCGUCAACGUAUAGGUUCACGCAUAAUCAAUCAGACCUUGAUCGUGCAAGUGAAGGAUGGGACUUGUUGUUCCAAUACCACGGUCGUCCAAGUGGAAUAUUUGCUGCGGAUGAAUACCUCGCCGGUUUAGGAGCUAUUCGGGGGACCGAAUUGUGCCUAGUUGUGGAAACCAUGUUUUCUGGUUCCUACCUUUAUCAGGUCAUUGGCGACUUGAAGUAUGCAGAUCGGGUCGAAAGGAUUGCAUAUAAUGCGCUUCCGGCGACAUUGACAGGAGACAUGUGGUCCCGACAAUAUUUGCAAGAGCAGAACCAAAUUGCAGCGCAAAAUAUGAAUCCGAAUCCUUUCCCCAAUGACGGGCCAUAUUCAAAUGUUUUUGGCCUUGAGCCCAAUUAUCCGUGCUGUACCGUGAAUCACGGCCAAGGUUUCCCCAAGUUCAUAGCAAACUCAUUUGUGAAAACACCGGACAAUGCCAGCCUUGUCCAGGUCUACUUCGGGCCGGUCAACGCUCGCACAGUUCUAGCAGGAGACAACUCAGUAUCCGCAAGCGUAGAUACAACUUAUCCGUUCAGCGAUAUAGUCUCAGUAUCAGUCUCCGCGGACAAAGCGUUUACCUAUCUAGUUCGUAUUCCGAGUUGGGUUUCGGGAGCGACGAUUUCUUUGAAUGGAGGUGACGCGAAAGGGAUUGAGGCCGAUAGCAGCGGACUUGCUUCCGUUGACCUCCCUGCUGGCAAUUCGAAGUUUAUGCUAAACCUUCCGUCGGAGAUUACUAUCGAGAACCGACCAAACAACUCCAUAGCGGUACAUCGCGGUCCGCUCAACUAUGCCUUCGAUAUCCCGCGGAACCAGACCAUCAUCGCACAGAAUGCCGACGAGCCGCGUGCAAUUGAUGUUCAGAUGGAGGCUACUGCUGCUUGGCAGUAUGCUAUUGAUCCUAAGACUCUGAAGUUUAAUGCGGGGACACCAGAGGGAGGAACGUUGCCUUCUCCGGUUUUCGAUUCGGGGUUACCACCGUUUAGUAUGAGUGUCACUGCGUGCCCGAUUGAGUGGAGUGUUGCGGGUGAUACGUUUGCGAGUGACCCGCCACAGAAUGUUACUUGUACUGGAAAUGCGACGACGAUUACACUUUGGCCACUUGGGGCGACAAAGCUGAGGAUAAGCGAGUUCCCGACCUUCGAUUCUUCCAAGUAACUGCAGUGACAGGAAUCAGUUGUGGAAUGUACUGUGAAUGCCAAGGGAUUCUUGCUACCUGUAUUAUGUUUCUGCUUUGUUCUGGAC